AUGGAAGGUAAAGUUUUCGCUACCGUUGGUGCUGGUAGAAUUGGUUACAGAAUCUUGGAAAGAUUAGUUGCCUUCAAUCCAAAGAAAUUGUUGUACUACGACUACCAAGCUUUACCAGAUGCUGCUGUCAAGAAGAUCAACGAUGCUUCUAAAUUGUUUAAUGAUGUUGAUGAUAUCCUUGAAAGAGUUGACACUUUGGAAGAAUUGUUCUCCCGUGCAGAUGUUGUUACUGUCAACUGUCCAUUGUAUGAAAAAUCCAGAGGUAUGAUUAACAAAGAUUUGAUCUCCAGAAUGAAGAAAGGUUCAUAUUUGAUCAACACUGCUAGAGGUGCAUUGGCCGAUCCACAAGCCGUUGCUGAUGCUGUCAACUCUGGUCAUAUUUCCUAUGGUGGUGAUGUUUGGCCAGUGCAACCAGCUCCAAAGGACAUGCCAUGGAGAACCAUGCACAAUCCAUAUGGUAAAGACUAUGGUAAUGCCAUGACUGUUCAUGUUUCUGGUACUUCUUUAGAUGCUCAAGCUAGAUACGCCAAUGGUGUUAAACAAAUCUUGACUGAAUAUUUCAACAAGACCUACAACUACAGACCACAAGAUAUCAUUGUUAUUGAUGGUCAUUAUGCUACUAAAGCUUAUGGUCAACACAAUAAAUAG